CCCGCCUCGGCCCCGGGCUCCGAAGCGGCUCGGGGGCGCCCGGUCGGCCAGCGUCGUCGCCCACCGCCUGCCCAGCCCCCCGCCCCCGGGGACCCAGGCUCGCCAGCGCGCGCAGCGGGGAGCCGGCCGGGACGCGCCAUGGGGGGCCCCUCCGCCCUGCCCCUGCUACUGCUCCUCGCCAGCUGCGGGGCGCCCGGCGGGGCCAACCUCUCCCAGGACGGCUACUGGCAGGAGCAGGAUUUGGAGCUGGGAACUCUGGCUCCACUCGGCGAGGCAAUCAGCUCCACAGUCUGGAGCAGCCCUGACAUGCUGGCCAGUCAAGAUAGCCAGCCCUGGACGUCUGAUGAGACAGUGGUGGCUGGUGGCACCGUCGUGCUCAAGUGCCAAGUGAAGGAUCAUGAGGACUCAUCCCUGCAGUGGUCCAACCCGGCCCAGCAGACUCUCUACUUUGGGGAGAAGAGAGCCCUCCGUGACAAUCGGAUCCAGCUGGUCAGAUCUACUCCGCACGAGCUCAGCAUCAGCAUCAGCAACGUGGCGCUGGCGGACGAGGGCGAGUACACCUGUUCCAUCUUCACCAUGCCCGUGAGGACCGCCAAGUCCCUCGUCACCGUGCUCGGAAUCCCACAGAAGCCCAUAAUCUCUGGCUAUAAGUCAUCAUUACGGGAAAAAGAAACAACCACCCUAAACUGUCAGUCUUCUGGAAGCAAGCCUGCAGCCCAGCUGACCUGGAGGAAAGGUGACCAAGAGCUCCACGGGGAACCAACCCGCGUCCAGGAAGAUCCCAACGGAAAAACCUUCACCGUGAGCAGCUCAGUGACCUUCCAGGUUUCCCGGGACGAUGACGGGGCAGACAUCGUAUGCUCUGUGAACCACGAAUCUCUAAAGGGGGCUGACAGAUCCACCUCUCAGCGCAUCGAGGUUCUAUACACACCAACGGCGAAGAUUAGGCCAGACCCUCCGCAUCCCCGCGAGGGCCAGAAGCUGUUGCUUCACUGUGAGGGUCGCGGAAAUCCCGUCCCCCAGCAGUACCUGUGGGAGAAGGAAGGCAGUGUGCCCCCGCUAAAGAUGACCCAGGAGAGUGCCCUGAUCUUCCCCUUCCUCAACAAGAGCGACAGCGGGACCUACGGCUGCACGGCCACCAGCAACAUGGGCAGCUACAAGGCCUACUACACGCUCAACGUGAACGACCCCAGCCCAGUGCCCUCGUCGUCCAGCACCUACCACGCCAUCAUUGGUGGGAUCGUGGCUUUCAUCGUCUUCCUGCUUCUCAUCCUGCUUAUCUUCCUGGGCCACUACUUGAUCCGGCACAAAGGAACCUACCUGACACACGAGGCCAAAGGCUCGGAUGACGCCCCAGAUGCAGACACAGCCAUCAUCAACGCAGAAGGCGGGCAGUCGGGCGGGGAUGACAAGAAGGAGUAUUUCAUCUAGAGGCGCCCAGCCACCUCCUACGCCCCCAGGGGCCCCGCGGGGACUGCCGGGGCCAUCGCCAACCUGGACUUGUACAGAGCGACCCCAGGGCCGCCCCUCCCGCUUGCUCCCCGGCCCCCCCACCCCCCUGUACAGAAUGUCUGCUUUGGGUGCGGUUUUG